UUUGCUAGGUUUCCACGACCUCCAGCGGCCAGCACAAGAGUUCCAGACGUCGAGCACAACUGCACACUCCAACCGCCUCCAGCUCCAACCUAUGCUGACGCGGUGAGAGCAAAUAUCAUACCGUCGCCAAGAGACAGGCACAACCGUACACCUCCAUCAUCGUCGCUGACAAACGUGGCUGGAACAAAUGGCACCGCCAUCUCUGGUGCCGGCCGACCUUCGCUGCAAUCCUUGGAAAUUGCUAACUAUUCUUGGGAAGAGGUUUCUUCGGAAGAGGAUGCAUUCAGUCUUGCUUUACUACAUGCUGCUAAACAGAUCCGAGAAGAUGCGAAUUUUGAAAAGGAAGAAGUUCCCAUAAUUACAGGGAUAUGCUUGCAUAAUAUUGGCUGCCCAAAAAGUAUCCAGAACCUGACGGGAUUUUUGAAGAAUAAUCCUCUCACGAGGUCCAUGGAUAUAUUUGAAUGCAAAAUGACUAUUCUAACUGCAACACCUCAAGGAAGAAUUCUUAUUCAGACCUUGAUGGCUGUUGUCUCGGAGUGUCAUUCAAGAAAUAAAACCUGGAAUGGCGAAUUUGAGCAUAAGCACAUACGGAUCAUUACGACCAGGCAGUCUAAGAAGUUCAUUAUGAUACUGAAAGAUCCAGUAAAACUUGAAGGGGAGGCACUGCUUCAGGCUAUGCUUAAUGACCUACGCACAGCUGCUGCGAUACUCAUACCACUCUACAGGACAAAUAAUGAUCUUCCAGUUGGCUUUUUCGAGCUCCAAGACGACCUAGAAGGAGCCACCAGGCAUUUGGUUUCACAGCCUAGGUUUUUGGAAUAUUUGAGGUACCAUCCAGCCAUAAUGUCAUCUGCUGGUCGUAGCAAGUUUGCCAAGGCGCUGAGCAGCAGGCCUACAUAUCGUGAUAGAAUCCUUGGGGCCAUUACAGGACCUUAUCACAAUGAUUGGAGAACUGUCGUGAAUUCGGAAAUGCGGGACAACACAGCCAUUGAUGUUCUCACGGCCGUGUACCAUCACAAGCCUGGCACAUCUUAUGGAAGGACGAUGGGCGAGCUUGCCAGGUUUAUCCGGAAUGUUCUUGUGCAUGGGAAGGAGCAUAAACGACAAGAUGGCGUUGUCAUCUAUUAUGACGAGCACGAUUUGGAGAUGUACCUUUUUAAAAUAUUCACUCCGUUUCUCCCAAGCAUUAUGCGAACCCUUCUAAUCUCAGGAAACAUGGUGAUGGAACAACUUUAUGGAGACGCCUGGCCAUCUUAUAAAUUAUAUGUCUAAGUCGAACAAGCGUGGUCCAUGGUCGAAGUGAUUAGGACGGGAGGAGGUUGUUGUGUUUUGCAUGGGUCUUAAGGUUGCAGUCCUACAAAUUUUGACCAUUGGGAAUGCUAAGAUACGCCCGAGAAACUACGAAAAGCUCUCAUGAUGAAGCCUAAUUUGUAAGUGUAUGAGUUGAUUUAUUGGCCUUCCUUCAAAGAAGGAAGUAAAGUAUGGCGUGACAGGGUUAAUUUGGAUUUUUUGUCUUUCCUUUCUUGUUUGGAGAUUCGUUAGUAUACAUUUUCGAGAAGGUUGUUGGCAUAGUUUUUCCUGUCUCAGUUGUGGCUCGUAGUACAUACAUGUGUGUAUGGUAUAUUACCCGGUAACUAUAGAAUGUUGUAAAAUUAUGUUGUAUUGUGUCGGUGAUGAUGAACUGCCCCGUGUCUGUAAUACUAUGAUUUGUAUUAAGUGUGUGAAAUUUUGUGUUAGUGGAUGCUAAACUUUAACUCGUACUGCUUAAUUA